GUAGACUUGUUUCAAGUAAGCUAACAAAAUGGGUAAACUGACCUGGAUGGUACUGCUCGCUACCUGCAUAGCAGGUUCGCUCCAAUCGCCGCAAGGCUUUCAAACAAUGGACGAAAUGGUUGAUUACAUCAACAGUUUGGACACCACUUGGAAGGCGGCCAAAAACUUUGACGACGCAUCCCAGGCACAGUUAGGUCUCCUGGACAGGCCUGCCGGGUACGUACCAAACCCACCGCCCACUUACGACACCAAUGAGGACAUACCCGAGACGUUUGACUCGAGGGAACAGUGGCCCGACUGCGCCUCCAUUAAGGAGAUCCGAGACCAGGCCUCGUGCGGCUCCUGUUGGGCGUUCGCGGUGGUGGAGGCCAUCUCUGACCGCAUAUGCGUCGCCUCAAAGGGCGCACAACAGGUGGAGAUCUCGGCCGAGGAUAUGAACAGCUGUAGUGAGGCCGGCGAUUGCGGCGGAGGGUUCAUCGAAAUGGCGUACGACUACUACGUCGAGACGGGACUGGUAUCCGGUGGACUGUACAACAGCAAAAAGGGUUGCCAACCCUAUACCAUACCUGGUUGCGAGCACCACGUAACAGGCAAAUUGCCCCCCUGUACGAGUGGUGGGUCUACCCCCGCGUGUAAGCACACGUGUGAGGCCAGUUACAACCGUACGUACACCGGGGACAAACACAAAGGUAGCAAAACCUAUGGGUUUAGCCUCCAGAAUAAGGAAGUCCAGUUGGAUAUCAUGAAAAAUGGACCGGUAGCUGUUGGAUUUACGGUAUGUCAUAGUUUUUUUUAUAUA